CCCCGCCUCUCUCAUCCCACUCGCUGGAUCACCGCUUCUCUCCGCGUGUCUCACUUAGCCCUGGAAGGAUCGGCGCUGGAUCCCUCGGGAAAGGCUUCUGGAUCCCGCUCGGGCAGGAAAGCAGCUGCCAAUCGGUUAUGGAGAAAUCAAACCGGUCAGCAGUGAGGGUCAUCCCUGGUGUUGAUUCAGAGGGGGAACAACUGACCCUGAGGUUUCUUAGCUGCAAUUUUAAUGCAGAUAAAAGAUUGUAACCAAAGAUUUACUGCAAGUCAACUAUCAACAGAUAACAGAAAAUCAGCACAAGGCAGCAGUCGACAGAAAGAAUGAAGGGUGGGAAACUCUUGGAUGCCCCGUCAGACACAGGCAGCACUCCAGAAAACCACAAAAAAACCCAUCAAUGCUCAGAGUGUGGGAAGUCCUUUGCUCGCCAGUCCCUCCUUUUGACCCAUAGGAAGGUCCAUGUGGGAAGUGGAUCCAGUCAAGGUUUGGAGGGUGAGAAAUCCUUCUCCGGAAAACACAUGGAAAAUCUCAGACGCCCCCCCAGACUAAAACCUCAUAAAUGUGAGGAAUGUGACUUAUGCUUUGGUAAAAAGUCAAGUCUUCUUACACAUCAGAAAAUCCACACGGGAGAGAAACCCUAUCAGUGUCUUGAAUGUGGGAAAUUUUUUUGUCACAAAGCCACCCUCAGAAACCACGAGAGAAUUCACACAGGGGAGAAGCCUUACAAAUGUUGGGAAUGUGGAAAGAGCUUUUCUCAGAACUCAAGUCUUUGGGUCCAUGAGAAGGUUCAUGCAGGAAUAAAAUCGUACAAAUGCUUUGAGUGUGGGAAAUGUUUCACCCGGAGUUCAACUCUUCGGACUCAUGAGAAAACGCACAGAGGAGAGAAAAAUGAAAAGUGCCUCGAAUGCGGGAAAUGUUUUUUCAGGAAAUCACACCUGGUGCGACAUCAGAAACUUCACACCGGAGACAGACCCUAUGAAUGCCCAGAAUGUGAGAAACGAUUUAUGUAUUCUUCUGAACUUCGGAGACACGAGGAGAGGCACAAAGGAGAGUUACGCUAUCAAUGUGGGGAGUGUGGGAAAAGUUUUAGUUUCCUCGGAGUGCUUCAGAUUCAUCAGAGAAUCCACACAGGGGAAAAACCUUACAGAUGUGGGGAGUGUGGGAAAUGUUUUUCACAAAAACAACACCUUGGAACGCAUCAGAGGCUCCACACAGGAGAGAAGCCGUACAGAUGCGUAGAAUGUGGAAAGUGUUUUACUCAAAAGGGAGAUCUUUGGAUCCAUCAUAAAACCCACACAGGGGAGAAGCCACAUCAAUGCAAUGAAUGUGGACGAUUCUAUCGUACCUCAUCCGCCCUUAAAAGUCAUGUGAAAAUACACACAGGGGAAAAAAACUACAAAUGUUUAGAGUGUGGGAGAACAUUUGCUGACGCGUCUUCCCUCAGAAGCCACAGCCGAAUCCAUACGGGAGAGAAGCCCCAUAAAUGCUCGCAGUGCGAUAAAUGUUUUUCUCGGAAAGAUACUCUUGUUAUCCAUCAGAGGAUCCACACUGGAGAGAAACCAUACAAAUGUCUGGAGUGUGGGAAAUGUUUUGCCCAUCCUUCGUCACUUCGCAUACAUCAAAAAACCCACACUGGAGAGAAACCCUAUCAGUGUCUUGAAUGUGGGAAAUAUUUUUGUGAGAAAGCCACCCUCAGAAACCACGAGAGAAUUCACACAGGGGAGAAGCCUUACAAAUGUUGGGAAUGUGGAAAGAGCUUUUCUCAGAACGCAAAUCUUUGGAUGCAUGAGAAGGUUCAUGCAGGAAUAAAAUCGUACAAAUGCUUUGAGUGUGGGAAAUGUUUCACCCAUAGUUCAGGUCUUCGGACUCAUGAGAAAACACACAGAGGGGAGAAAAAGGAAAAGUGCCUCGAAUGCGGGAAAUGUUUUUACCAGAAAUCACACCUGAUGCGGCAUCAGAGACUUCACACCAGAGACAGACCCUAUGAAUGCCCAGAAUGUGAGAAGCGAUUUACAUUUCCUUAUGAACUUCGGAGACACGAGGAGAGGCACAAAGGAGAGUUACGCUAUCAAUGUGGGGAGUGUGGGAAAAGUUUUAGUUUCCGAGGAGAACUUCAGAUUCAUCAGAGAAUCCACACAGGGGUAAAACCUUACAAAUGUGGGGAGUGUGGGAAAUGUUUUUCACAAAAACAACACCUUGGAACGCAUCAGAGAGUCCACACAGGAGAGAAGCCGUACAGAUGCGUAGAAUGUGGAAAGUGUUUUACUCAAAAGGGAGACCUUUGGAGACAUCAUAAAACCCACACAGGGGAGAAGCCACAUCAAUGCAACGAAUGUGGACGAUUCUAUCGUACCUCUUCUGCCCUUAAAAGUCAUGUGAAAAUUCACACAGGGGAAAAAAACUACAAAUGUUUAGAGUGUGGGAGAACAUUUGCUGAUGCGUCUUCCCUCAGAAGCCACAGCCGAAUCCAUACGGGAGAGAAGCCCCAUAAAUGCUCGCAGUGCGAUAAAUGUUUUUCUCGGAAAGAUACUCUUGUUAUCCAUCAGAGGAUCCACACUGGAGAGAAACCAUACAAAUGUCUGGAGUGUGGGAAAUGUUUUGCCCAUCCUUCGUCACUUCGCAUACAUACUAGAUAUCACACAGGAUAGUGGCCUUAUAAGUGUGUAGAGUGUGAGAAAGCUUUUCAUUGUACAUCAGAGUUAAAAAUGAAUCCGAAUGUCCAUAGCAGAGAUAAACCUCUUCCGCUGUGAACGUUGAAAACAUUUCUUUUUCAAAAGUCACAUCUUAACAUUAACCAGGAACAUCACACAGUGGCAGAAAGGAAAUCCUACUAUUGGGAAAAAUGUUUUUCCUACUCAAGUAGCCUUAAACACCAAAAUCAAAGAAAACUACAUCUAUGUUGGGAGUGUUAGAAAGUUUGGCACACAAAGCAGCAGUGCUAGUACCUUAACAGAGUGAUUGCACAAGAGAAAAGAGCUAUAAGUGAUGGGCAGAGUAGAUAAUGUUUUGCGGAGUGCAGCUAGUCUCGACUUACAGUCGCAAUUGGGAACAGAUUUCUGGUCAUAAGUUGUUACGGUUGUUAGUCGAGGCACCCAUAUAUAUUGGAGCCGAUUUUCUGACAUAUUUCUGGUCAUUAAGCAAGUCACUGUAAUCCUAAGUAUAAAGCCAUUCUUCUAAAUGUCUUUUAUAUAUAUAUAAAAAGUGGCAAAAACAAUGCCAGGAACUAGCAAAACAAAAACAAAAAAACAAUUGGGAUCCUAUGGCUGUAGGAUCACGCAGGUGGUAUUAAAAGCCAUACGGUUGCCAAGUGGCCAUAAAGUGGUUACAUCAUUUUUUGGCUUUUUGAAUGUGGAUUCUGGUGUGUUGGUGGCUGGCUUUUAGGUCAUUAUCAUAUAGACAUGUUGUAAGGCCCCACCCCACUUUGCAUCUUAAGAAGACAGAACUCUUGGAAUAAUUCUUCCAACAGGAAUCCUUUAUUAAGAGAAAAUGGUUGCAGGCGUUCUAGACAGGACUUGGGGUCCAAGCUCUC